CUCCACCACAAGACAAGAAGAAGAAAAAUCAUUAGUUUGUUUCAAGCAAUCAAAACAUGAAGAAAAUAGUGAUACGGCUGGAACUGAAGUGUGACAAAUGCAGAAGAAAGGCACUCAAGAUAGCAGCUGACACACAAGGUGUGAGUUCAGUGGCAGUAGAAGGAGAUCAACUUACGGUGACCGGAGAUAUGGAUGUGGUGUGCUUGAGUCGGAAGCUGGUGAAGAAUUUCCGCUGUGUCAACGUUGUGAGAGUGGAAGAAAUGAAGAAAAAAGUUGAAAAUCCUCCUCCUCCUCCCCCUCCUAAAAAACCGUGUUAUUGUCCUCCUCCUCCUCCUCCAUGUGUUCCUUAUCCCUCUUCCUGCGUGGUUUAUGAUCCAUACGGACCAUACCCCAACAUUUGCUCCAUCAUGUGAUUGCGUUACACCAUGAAAUAAAAUAAAUUAAAAACCACUGCAACCAUUUAUGGUUAUUGUUGUGUGUCCAAUCUCUCAUUUGAUCCCUCCUCAAUAAAUUAGUCAUAUUGUUCCAGUUUGGUU